UCCUCCCUCGCACUCCAUUUCUCAGUUACGCCGAACCGAGCCCGGCCCGGCCCAUUUUCCCUUUCCCUUCUGACAAAUUGCACUUGGCACAUUGCGGAAGUAACUUGGUCAUGCCGCGGGAACCGAAGAGCCUUGGCGUCAAGAUCCUCUGGUUUUGGACCUUUGGAACCGCUGCCAUUCUAGUUACGAACGUGAUGCGCUCCAGAAUAAGGGACCUUGAAACCCUCGUGAAUGCCGAACAACAGCAGCAACAACAACACGAUGCCGCUGCCACUGAUUCGCUUUUAGUGGAUACAGUGAGGCUCCCAUCCGAUGAGCCUGUGGCUCCAAACAAUAAAGAUUGAUCUGCGUUUGAUUUUUCCUUUCCUUGGAGUUUGUGGCGCUGUUUGAACUCGCCGAGAGGAUAAAGGGGCACGCAACGUGUUUGUUGAAUGUCCUAGCUGAAAACUAAGGCCAAUCACAAUGGGGAAAUUCGGUAUGUGUUUUAUUAUAAUAAUAUUUCUUAUUCCGAUUGACCUUGUUCUUGCGGAAUGUAGAUGCCAUGUGUGUGUGGUGUGAGGCAAUUAUUAUGCAUGCAUGUAGAUGGUAACUAAGUGGGACUGAAAUGUUUCACACACAUUUUGUCUUAUUGUGGAUCUCUGUUUUAGUUACACUUUCGUUAUACGAAAAAUUUCGUUGACAUUA